AUGGGCGAGGCGACACGAUGGCUGCGGAAAACACUACAUGGAAGGAUCAUGAACAUGGUGCUCCCUUGCGUGUUGAUCCUGGCAGCGAUGAUUUUGUUCUACUACUGCCACGUCACAGCGCAAGAUGAGAAUGACCGCUCCUCCAAGCACUUUCUUGGCCUCAUCGUCAUUCAGAUGCUGCCAUUGGUGUUUUUGGAGCUGCAAAUCACGUCCUGUCCUGACCCCGAAGCCAUGUUGGCGCUCUUCGGCACCAAGGUGCUGCUCCUACAUGGCUGCUUCAUGUUCCUCCGCGUUUGCGCCUGGCCGCUGAUGGAAGUGGGCAUCGGCUGGUCCAAUCUGGCGGGCACCGUGGCGGUGGCCGGUGUGCUGCACUGGGGCUUCCGCUUCCGGUGGCGCUUUCACUCCAUCCUAGAGCACAAGGACGUCGGGUGCCUGGUGCUACUGGCGACUGUGGGAUCCAUCGUGAGCGAGACGAUUGAUGGCUCCACCAAGCUGCCCAUGCUGCUGGAGCACAUCAUCUUCACCGCCUCCAGCUACAUCGAGGUGUUGGGCUUUGUCCCUGCGGUCUGGUUGGUACACCUAACCGCGAAGAAGAGUGACGAUGUCACCCGCACCGGCGGAGUGGACUUGCAGCGGCAGGCCGUGUUUUUCUUCGAGUGUUCUUGGUUGGUUUCUACAUCUUCGAGGACCUUGUCACGGCGUGGAAGAUCCAACACCUGUCAGGGCUCGCCGCAGCGGGCCAUACCGUCCACUUCCUGA